AUGGAGCAAGCUGAGGAGAUGCGUCUUUAUCAGCAAACUCUCCUCCAAGAUGGGCUGAAGGACAUGCUGGACCACCAGAAGUUUCUCGACUGCAUCUUGAAAGUGAAAGGGAAGGAAUUCCCGUGCCACCGUCUGGUGCUUGCCGCCUGUAGCCCCUAUUUCAGGGCCCUGUUCCUCUCCGACAUAGACGAAAGCAAGAAGAGGGAAGUCAGUUUAGAAGAUGUGGAUCCAGAGGUCAUGAGUAAGAUUCUCCAUUACAUCUAUACCUCAGAGUUGGAGAUCACCGAGCAGAACGUUCAGGACAUUUUCUCGGUAGCCAACAUGUUUCAGAUCCCUUCUAUUUUCACAGUCUGUGUCUCCUUCCUUCAGAAGAGGCUAUGUCUUAGCAACUGUCUAGCCAUUUUCAGGCUGGGAUUGAUGCUGGAUUGCCCCCGCUUGGCGGUAGCUGCCCGGGAUUUCAUCUGUGAUCGUUUUUCCAUUGUCUCCCGCGAUGAGGAGUUUUGCCAGUUCUCUCCAGAUGAACUUAUUGCUAUCAUCUCCAGUGAUUCUCUCAAUAUUGAGAAGGAAGAGUUGGUCUUUGAGGUGGUCAUGAAGUGGGCCACAGCCAAGGACCAUGAGAGCCGGGUCAAGGCGCUUCCAGUGGUCUUUGAGAGCAUCCGUUUCCGUCUCAUGGACAAGGGUUAUUUCAGGGAGAAGGUGGAGAAGAACACUGUGAUCAAAUCCAGCCCAGAGCUUCUCAAGAAGAUCCAGAUGGUGAAAGAUGCUCACGAGGGGAAACUGACAUUGGUGAAGCAGAAAAAAGAGAAGGAAGAGAAGAAAUCUGAGGACCAGAUUGUCAAUGGACAGUUAGAUGAAGAAGAGAAUGAGAAAGAAGAGGAGAUUCUCCCAGGGAUCUUAAAUGAUACAAUGCGUUUUGGGAUGUUCCUUCAAGACCUAAUCUUCAUGGUCAGUGACUCAGGGGCUGUGGCCUACGACCCAGCUGCCAAUGAGUGCUAUUUUGCCUCCCUUUCUGCUCAGAUUCCAAAGAACCAUGUCAGCCUGGUCACCCGAGAGAAUCAGAUCUUCAUAGCAGGUGGACUUUACUACAACGAAGACGACAAGGAGGACCCCAUGAAUUCCUAUUUCUUGCAGUACGACCACCUGGAUUCGGAUUGGCUGGGAAUGCCCCCGCUACCGUCCCCCCGCUGCCUGUUCGGACUUGGAGAAGCAGAAAACUCCAUCUUUGUGGUCGGGGGGAAAGAAUUAAAGGAAGGAGAGCAAACUCUGGACUCGGUUCUGUGUUAUGACCGGCUGUCCUUUAAAUGGGGGGAAGCAGACGCCCUCCCGUAUGCUGUCUACGGUCAUGGUGUGGUGUCUCACAAUGACCUUAUCUACACCAUAGGAGGCAAAGGCAAUGACAGAAAAUGUCUGAACGCUCUGAUGGUGUACAACCCAAAGAAGUUUGAGUGGAAGGAACUGUCGCCGAUGAAAAAUGCCCGUUCUCUCUUUGGCACAACUGUCCACAAUGGCAAAAUUUACGUGGCUGCAGGAGUGACCGAUUCUGGUUUGACCAACUCGGUGGAAGUUUAUGAUCUUGCAACUGAUAAAUGGGAAGCCUUUACUGAAUUCCCCCAAGAACGCAGCUCCGUCAGCCUCAUCAGCCUCGCUGGCACGCUCUAUUUAAUUGGCGGUUUUGCCACCGUAGAGACCGAAUCUGGAGAACUGGUUCCAACUGAGCUGAACGAUGUCUGGAGGUACGAUGAAGAGGGGAAGAAGUGGGAAGGCGUCCUCCGGGAGAUCCAGUAUGCAUCGGGUGCCACUUUUCUCCCAGUGCGCCUCAACGUCUUGCGGCUGACAAAGAUGUGAUCGUG